GUUCUGGAGUAAUGGCGGACGAGCUUGGAAUACUAAGACUUUCGCAUGUUGUUGACAGUGAAGAUAUUCGGAAAUGAUGGGUGUAGAAGCUUGGUCAUUACCCGGUAUUCCGGGUAAUGGCAGGUAUAAAGGUUCGCACAUCAUGAACAUUGAUUCAAGCGGUCGGGAUGAUAAUAUGACUUCGGAUUCGAAAGACGACAGGGACGAUGAUAAGAACACAAUACACAGUGGUCAGUUUAUGUUAAGUCGUGUCCACGAUCAUGACCCAUCACCGUCUCUUGGAGAAGAUGACGGACCAAGGAUAAAUCGCUUGAAAGGAGACAGUUUUGAUUUUCGUCAGGCACGAACGGAUACAGCAAAGAGUUACACGUUUACGUCGGGAAGGAACACAAGGACCAUUGACAUAGACGAAUCGUUAUCAACGUUGUUCGAUUGCAUGACUCUUGCUUACAGUGGUAAACUGACAUCGCCAAAAUGGAAACAGUUUCGUGGCCUGCAGCUGACUAUCAAGGACAAGAUUCGACUCAACAACCUGAUAUGGCGUGAAUGGUGCAUGCAGUAUGUUCAUGGGAAGAACUCAGUUGUGUGUCAGUUUGCUCCACCUCUUUCAGAUGACAUUCACUCAAAGCCAGAGGCAAUCGUGUUGGAAGGGAAAUAUUGGAAGCGAAGACUAGACACUGUCACAUUUGAGUACAAGAAAUGGCGACGUUACUACUGCAAUCAGCGGAAAUACAACAGGAGGAGAAAUGUAGAUAUGUCAGAACUGUUGAACAAAAUGGGGAAUGUGACCAAGUCAACAGCUUCCCAACAACAGUCAUCCACAGAUAUCUACCUGAACAGUACCGACUUCAUGGACAUGGACCUGGAGGAUGAGCUCUUUAAUCAACUUAAUCACUCAAGCUUUACCUUCCCAAAUCCUCGAGAAUUCAGUUCGUUUGGUAUAUCCAGCCUGUUACAGCCAGGUCUUAUCCCUCUACAGCCAAAUCUAGAUGAUACUGAUGCUCUCAUGGACUUUGAAGAACUUCUACAACAAACAAAUACUAGCAAGUCUGGCAGCUCAGUUGUACAGUUCACUGGAAGUACUUCAUCAAAUUCACAGAAAAUUUACCCUGCAGAUGACUUUGACAUUGGUACAGGAUCUUCAUCCAUGUCUUCAUUACGUGCUCUGCUACAACCAACAUCUGCUCCUACUCCUCCACCCCAAAAGAUGGUGACUCAGACCCCUCUUAUUCAGAGCUCACCGGAUCCCCAACUUAUCUCUCCUAUCCCUUCUCCAGCCCAGUCACCACUACCUCCCCAGCCAGACCAGCCAGCAGCAACUCCUGGUGGCAACAAUGCCAUGAUGGAUUUGAUAAAUUUGCUACGCAUGGCUCAACAGUCUCCAGAAAACAAUGGCCAGCUUGUGUCAUUACUUGCCACGCAGCUGUUGGAGACGCAGGCAUCUUCAAGUCAGACUAAUGAAACAUUGCUGCAGAUGCAACAGUUUCAGCAACAACAACAACUUAUACAGCAGCAGCAGCAGCAGCAGCAGCAGCAGCAACAGCAACAACAACAACAACAACAGCAACAACAGUUGUUACAGUUAUUACAACAGACUCAACAGCCUCAACAGCUGCAGAUGCAACAGCCUGCCACACAACAGACUUUUUCAUUACAAAAUAAUCAACAACAACAAAUUUUUCAACAACAACAACAACAACAACAACAACAACAACAGCAGCAGCAGCAGCAACAAGAACAUCAUUUCAGAGUACAACAACAACAGCUUCAACAACCACAGAGGUUGCAACACCCAGGGGAGGUGAAACAACAGACUUUAAGUGCUAACAAAACAACAAAAUCAGACAAACAACCAAACCAAAAUACGAGUCCUUUGCAGGCUGCUCUCUUGUCUGGACUUAAAUCUAAAGUUACAUCUCGUGUGGCUAGCAAAGCUGCUGCCACAGCCUCUGCCACAGCCUCAGCCACAGGGGCUCCUACAGCAUCACCACAGUUUACAAUAGGCAAGGUGAACAAAUCUGCCACGUCAAAGUCUGGAGGGGAGUUUGUUGUGCCAAAGACAAAAGUGAUGCGAAUGAAGACGAGACAAGGACAAACUCCCCUUCUACCUAAAACCUCCUCCUCUACUGUUGUUAGUAAUACAUUGACACCCUCUCAACAAAACACUUACCUGGCUCAACUUCUCACGAAAGGUACGUACCCGGGAGCUGUGAUAAAGGUAGAGAAGGAUGCCACACUAUCUAGUUCUGCUGCCCCCAGUCUGGCCAUGCCAAGCCUAUCACAGCUGCAACCUAUCCGUCCCCAGGAAUCGCUGUCAACACCUUGCAUCCCGACCCAGACUAUCACUAUCAGUGUUCAGGAGACGCCCGAGUUGAGCAGCAGAGUCAGCUUAUUUGGGUCUUCAUCGUCCAACAUCACUGGUAAAUCCAUCGACGACCUCUCUGUGGAUGGUACUGCUGGUGCCAGUUUAAAAUCCAGCCCAGCAUCUAUGGUGGCCGACAGCCCCUCGAUCCUUGAAACUAGCAACCUUGAUAUGGGAAGUCCGAUAUCCGAUACAGAGGGAGCUGACUCCCCUAGGGGGCGCCACAGUAGUGGAGAUGGUGGAGGUACACGCCGUGUGUCUCACACCUCUGCGGAGCAGAAACGCAGAUGUAACAUAAAGAAUGGAUUUGAUGUGUUGCACUCACUCAUCCCAGCUUUAAGUCAAAAUCCCAAUGCUAAAGUCAGCAAAGCAGCCAUGUUACAGAAAACUGCUGACUACUGUAAGAAAUUAAAGUCAGAAAGAGCUCAGAUGCAAAAGGAGGCAGAAAUACUUAAGCAAGAAAUAGAAUCUCUCAACCAAUCUAUAAGUCAGUGCCAGUCCCAGUUACCAGCCACUGGCGUUCCUGUGACAAGACAGCGAGCCGACCGCAUGAAGGAGAUGUUUGAGGAAUAUGUAAAGACUCGUACAUUGGAGAAUUGGAAAUUCUGGAUUUUUUCGAUUAUGGUAAAGCCAUUGUUUGAGGCCUACAAUAACAUGGUUUCAACAGCCAGUGUAGAUGAGAUGUGUCGGACCACCAUGGCCUGGCUUGACCAGCACUGCUCCCUAGUGUCCCUCCGACCCACUGUUCUGAAUGCCUUAAGGCAACUCAGUACCUCCACGAACAUUCUGACUGAUCCAGCCCGUCUGCCUGAGCAAGCCACAGAGGCAGUCAUUAAGUCACAAAAGUCCUCCAAAUCCUGAGCCUCACCCAAGAUCUCAUUGGGUCUAAGUCUGUGGUGGUUGUGGUGUCACACUCGUCUUCCGAGUCCAGACUCUCGUCAGCCUUCAAAGAAUUUGCUCAAAUAUGCGGCAAAAAUUUCGGAAAUCGAAUCCGAAUACAUUUUAUGUGUCAAAAAUUUGAUUUGCAUGUGUCAAAAUUAUUGACUCAAGUUAAAGCUCAAGUGUGUCAAAAGAUUCACUCUAUAGCUUAGCAUUUCAAAAAUAUUGACUCAGUAUCGUGAAUGGCACAUUCUCCUUCAGAAAGCUGCUGCAAUCAGUCAUUUGAUUGAGGUAUUAUGUAGACAGUCAGAAAACUGUAAUACUGCUGUAUUGAAUAAUGAAGAGCAGCAACCCUGACUGUGUGAUUACUCAGUUAUUCCUCUAGAACAGUUUGAGAGCUUAAGAUCGUGAUUCAAAAAGCUGAUCAGCAUGCUGUGUUUAUCUUGCUGCCCUUUUGGCUAUGAGUAGAAAGUUUGCAGUGACGAAUUCACAGUAUUCCUCUACAUAGUUAGGAGAUUCAGUUGGUGAUGAGAGGUCAGUGUUAAAAUAGAAUACAAAACAUCUAUAGAUUUUGUGACUCAAAAGGUCAGGUCAUUAACUUUGACUUUGACACUGACCAAACAGAAAUGGCAUCUUGCAGAUUUCGAUAUUGUGUUUCUGCAGAAGUGGUUUUGCAGAAAGUGUCAGUAACUGUUGAAUGGUUUAUUUUGCUGGUUAAGAUAACUACAGUGAUUAAGUGAUGAUGUAUACAUCGAGAUGUGUUGAGGUGUUUUGUUUAGCCUUUAAAGGAAAGGCAAUAAAAGAAUUUGAAUAGAUUUUGUAAAGUGAUUUGUCUCUACAAAGUAAUAUGUAUAUCUAUUUAAUUUCUGUUGUGAAUUAGCGUCCAAGCAUUAACAUUAUAUUACACUAUAUAUGUGUGAAGAUGUGCGCGUGAUAUACUCCUCACAUUUGAUGGUUUUUCAGUGUUAAAUAGAUUUAUCAGACUAUCCAUGUUUAAAAUGUGCUUUAUUUCAAAACUGCUUUAAUAUCUGUGUAUAUAUAAUAUAGCACAUUUCAUGUCGCACAAUCAUUAUUUUUAGAACUGAUUAAGUUAGAAGAGAAUAGCAUUGGCUAUAAGUCUAUAAUUCAAAACAGUUAAUGUGAUCGAUACUUAAAGAAAAUACAGUCCUAACCGAGUCAUUUGGGGGACAUACAGGUGAAUGCCACAUAUCCAAGUUAACUUGGAUUCUUUGGGUUAAGCAGAUGUUUAGAUAAAUUAUUUUAUGACAGGCAGUAAAUUGAUUUUGUAGGGGAAACUCAGCAGGAGCUCAGAUUAUCAAAAGUUCAGAUAGCUGUAGUAUUGGGAUAUGUGGAGCUCUACUGUACAUGCAUACAAGUAUUUGGUUUCAAGAAAAUUUGAUUCUAUGAUGGGACAUUAGAUUUGAUAUUGCAUCAUUUUUUUUUUUUUUUUUUGUAGGUUCUAUGUGUAAGGAGUUAUUUGAUAACUGUUACCAUUAUUAUGUCUAUAUUUGACCAUGAAUAUAAUAAUACAGGUGUGAAGUUUUUGCCAAGGCUUGCCAGCAUCAGGACAGCAUCUUAACUCUUUGGUCAAAUUGUCUCUUGUGCUCAGGUGAUUUUUAUUUUUGAAGAAAAUAUAAUUUUUGAAUGAUGUAAUUUUAUUUUCUUAUGUGGGUUUCUUUAAGAAUUGAAAAGGCAGGCCUUUCCUUAUGGCAUUAUUACGGUAUAUUGCUUGCUUUAUAUCCUAGCAAUACAUCUCUGGUCAAAAAAUAGGUGACCGUAUCUAUCUCUAGUUUCUGAAACUAUGUUCAGUCACAUGAGUUGUUUCAUUAAAAAUUAGGGAAAAAUGAUGAAAUAUGAUUUUCUUUAAAUUAAGAACUUUUGUAGAUUUUUUUGUAAAAAAUAACCAUAUGACACAAAGAAUUGUUUUGUUUGAAAUUAAAUACAAGAUUCUUUCAUUUAAUAUUCACCACAUUAGGUCUAAUUUUCUUUGAACUAAUUCAGAAAUUUAAAUAUGAUUAGAAUGAUGGUUGUGAGAUUCUUUCUUUCAGAUUGGUUAAGCCUAACUCUGAAGUGAUUUAUUUACCUGGAUCAUUUAGAAGGAGAAGUUAUAAGCUGUUUUGCUCAUUGAUAGUCAUGGUUUUGUUUAGAAAUUCAUUGUUUACCAGUAGUCAUUUUAUAGUGCAACAUUCCAGCUUUUGUUACAGAUAGCCCAGACAAUUUUCCAUAUCAUAUGACAGUCACUACCCACUGAUUUGACCCAUUAAAAACUCAUAGAGUUUUAAAAUGUAUGUACUGAAGAAAUGCACCCAGUAUUGUUUUCACUUCAAACUGUGGAAGGUAUAUUUUUGGAAUCUGAUAUGUAAUCAUUAACUUAAAAACAGGACUCUCGGUCAUGUUAUAAAAUAUCUGCAUUUUAAUUUAACUGUCUCUGGAAUAAGUUUUGCAAUUAAUUCAUAAAUCUAGAGUAUUUGUUAAUGCUGCUUUCAGUUCCAGUAAACAUGUGGCUCACUGACACUUUGUUUUCCUGAUUAUCAUUACUUUUGAGUUGCAAACACAAUUCAGCUAUGUUAAGUUAAUGCAAGUACUGGAAUUUGCAGACAAUUUGAAUAGUUCUGGAUGAAUCAGGUCUGAAUGAGAUUCAGAUAUGUAAAUAGAAAUUCCAUAUACUGGAAUUACAUAGGGCACGAAACAGAAAGUUACAUGACACACUGGUGUCUAAAAUUAGACAAUCCUUAAUUUUGGGGUUUAUAACUAUUUUGUUUAAAACAUUUGGAAUUAAUAAAUGUUAAACUGACUGGUUUUGUAUCUUAAUGGAUUUCUAGCAUGUACUUGUGUGCGAAGUAUAUCAUUGCAUUACCAGUACAUGAAAUAAACAACGAAUGUCCUGUAUCAUAAACACUCCAUUUGAAUGUUAAUCGCAUAAUGCAAACAAGUUCAGGUAUGAUUACCUUUAAAUUUAAAGGACACAAUUUAAACAUGUCUUAGAAAAGUCAAACAAGAGGGUUAUCAAAUCGGUUAAUCCUUCUAAAGGAUUAAAGUUGAAAAGUUGGCUUUCAUUGAUCAAAAAUCAUUUCUGUUUCAUAAUGUGAAAAUUAUAGAUUUAUUUUAGAUAAACAAAGUCUUUUGUUGUAGCAAUAUUUUAAUGUGUUCCUCUGAAAAAAAAGCAAUUGUAUUGCCAACAAAUGACAAUUUAAUCAGCAUUUUAUCAAUUAGAUUUAUCAAAAUUCACUGAACCCCCUUUAGAACAUCACACAUGUAAUUACUAUACAUCUAAUGGAUGUGAUUGCUCCCAUUACCAUUAUGAUAUUCAUCAUAUAGUCAUUUUGAAAAAGUUUAAUUUGUGUAAUAAAUCUUUUUCUUAAUCUUUGUUAUUAAGAGGAUGCUGAUUGCUUUGUAUUUUAACUGUUGAAUGUAUAUAUACCCUGGUAAAUGAAGUGUUAUUUACAUUUUAUUGCCCAUUCUUUCAGUGUUUAAAUAUUGUCAGUAUUAGUGCUAGUCUUAUAAAAAGGUGUGUGCCAAGAUGUGAAGGAAGCAAUGAAGUCAGUGGUAAAUACAUAGAAAUGUACAAUAAAAUAACAGAUCCGACUGUCACAACACUUUUUGUAUAAAAUGAACAUACCUUCACUUGGGCCGUUUUCAUUUUUCCAGCCCAAACGGUUGGACCAGUCAGACCAGUGUUGUUCGUUUAUGUAAUAAAGACGGACCUGGUGAUUUUAUAUUGCUUUCAGACGAGCCUUGACAAAGACUCCCAAGGCCUGUAUUAACAUUUCCAGGUCCUUCAAGUUAUGUUUGAAAUAUUACAUUAAAAACUGACGAACCGGUUUGUCCAGAUAAACGAACAGGCCUGGGGUAUGACUAGCGCCCAAAAUGCAGAUUUUAGUUUCCUGUAUACAAUGUAGGACAGUAAACAAAAAUAUUGCCUUUUCAUGGAUAUUUAAACAUAUUCUCAAUAAUCAGCCUGAAAAUUUCAGCCAAGAACCCUUAGACUGGUGACAUGAAAGCACACUUGAUGAAUUGUGAUUAAAGAAGGGAGAUAAUCCAAAUGAAACACAUUAGAUCUUCGUUAGAUCAUGUUUCUGAAUAGGAGUUUACUUCUGUAUUCUGUACAUGGUAUGUAUGUACAUGUGCAGUAUAUUUUUAAAGGCAGCUUUUUGACAUAGAAAAUUAUCCAUGUAGAUUGUUUUAAGAUAAUUUGUAGAAGAUAUUGUUCUAAUAUAAAAAUAUAUAUAUCAUGUGAUAUGUAACGGCUGUUCAUUCAUUCAACUUUUUGUGAUUCAUGAUUCAAUAAUUAAUGUAUUAUGUAAAUGCUAAUAUUGAUUUAGUGCUUGUGAUGCAAAUUUAUUCUAUCAAUUUCAUGAAUGAUUUUCGAACCGCUUGAGACAUCGAUAUUGCUGUGAUAUGGCGGUAUACAAACUCCUAAUUAAUUAUCAAUUAUGAAACGAAAAAAAAGGUUGCCCUGUUUUGUGAAGAAAUUAGCUUUUCUAUGAAUUAUAUUUCUCUUCUUACAUUCUCAUGAAUGUUUUUUUUAAUAUUGUAAUAAAUUUUGACAAUUCGGUUUUCAAGAAUACUCUUUUUGAGGGUGGUCCUAGAUGAUGACAGUUCAUUUCAGGGAGGACUCAUAAUUUAAUAACAAAUGGUUAAUGAAAUUGUUUUAUUGAUGAUGAGGGAGUGUUUCACAAUUACAUGGUAUAAGUAAAUGAGCAAAAUUGUUUUAAAAUAUCAAAAAGAUUAAUACUUCUGGAAAUACAUGUAGUUACAUAUGAAUACAUAAUAUGAAAUUUUUGUUCGUUUAAUUUUCAUAAACAUAUUGAAAUAUAGUCACAGGGAAAUGAUUAUUGGAUGUUAACCUUUGCUUUCUAAUUAUCACAAAUUUGAAAGGAAUGAAAAAAAAGAAGUCCACAACUGAAUUUCUAAAUAGUCAAACCUCUAGUCUACGUUCGCGAAUACAAAACUUUUUUGAAUUUUCUUGAAUUCUCAUAAUUAGUAGGGUAAGAAUUGAUUGUACAGUAUGUAUCUGCAAUGGAGAUUUGCUGAUUAAUUUGUACAGGUGUUUUAACAUUUUUUGUUACAAUAUACUUGUCUUUCUUAGAGUAAUAAAACAUGUACUAUAAGAAACCUACUAUAUAUCAUCUUCGCUAGCCAAGGCUUCUGAUUAUGUUUCACUCCACGAACGGUUCGUGGAGUGUAACGUAAUCAGAAGCCUUGGCUAGCGAAGAUGUCUAUAUAUAGACUAGGUCUACAUUAGUUGUUAAUACACAUACAGAUAGUGUAAUGGCAAAAAUUCCUUCCCGGUACAAUAUCAACAUUGGGUGUGAUUUGAUAUGUGAUGAUAACAUCUAAAUAUUAUGUUAAUUCCCUGGAAAGUUUUGAUGAAUAAAAUUUGUAUACAUUAACAAAGUAUCACAAAAAAAAAUCAUUGGUUUCACAUCUGUUUAGCUGGAUCUCCAACUGCUGGUGUUGAUAUUUGUGAUAAAGUGGUAUAAUUUUCAAGAUUUUAAUGAUUCUAAAAAAUGAAAAUUAAUUAACACUUACUACAAAUAUUGUUACUUAAAUUGCUUUGACUAUGGCAUUGUCAGUAAUAUGAGCUGUCUGAUGAACAGAGAAUUGUGUGUUUAUAAAAUAUUGAUGAAAUGGUUCAUAUUGAACUAAGAAAAUUUAAAAUGUGAACAUUUUCUUUAUAUCUUCUCUACAAUUGGACAUGCAAUCCCUAGGUGUGUAUGUGUGAGUAUCAUUAAUGGAUAUAUAGGGCAAAGUUACUCUGCAUUCUUAUCUUUGUCCAUUUAGCAUUGGGCUAUCAAGUAAACUAUUGUAUAUACAUUA